UCAAGGCCAAAACUUUGGAAUUUGAAGCGAGGGAUCUUGAAAUUGAUCCGCAUCAAUCCACCUUCUCUCUCUUAGGGCAAACUACAAAUCGCCGAAUUACCCGAAUCCGAAUAAUUCUUCAGCAUAUUUCCCCGCCACUCGGCCCUCGCUUCAACCUACCCCACACCAACUACGUUUCUUCCCCCCUCUGUAUAUACAUACAACCCUAUAAGUCGGUGUUAUACAAUACUUAUAUAUAUCUAUUCAUCUCCUCCUAAUCCUGUUCUUUCGCCUUGAUUACUAGAGGUUAUGGCCACAGCUGCGGAGAUCGGUGUUCCACAACUCGUCAACCAAAUCCAAGAUCUCUCAAUCCCGGAUCAGAGUAAAAUGAAGAGCACUGCUGAGGAGGUUCUCCGUGUUGGGUGUGAGAAUGAUCAUCAUGGGUUGUGUGCGAUUUGCUUGAAUAAGAUAGUGCUGCAAGAAACUGCUCUUGUAAAAGGUUGCGAGCAUGCCUACUGUGUGACUUGCAUCCUACGUUGGGCGACCUACAAGAAGGAACCUACCUGCCCUCAGUGCAAGCAUCCAUUUGAGUUUCUAAACAUCCACCGUGCUCUUGAUGGAAGCAUCUAUGAUUACAUGUUUGAGGAGAGUGUUUGCCUUCUUUUGAGAGCAUCGUGGUUUCAGCCUUUAGUAGUAGUGGAGGAACAACCAGAGGUUGAUGAUUAUGUGGACGACUUCUACCUAUAUGAUGGAUUUGAAGAUGAAGAAGAUGAUCUCGAUGAAGCUUAUUUUGACAGUUCAUCUAGCAUUCGCUUAGGCAACAGGAGAUGGGGAGAUAAUGGAUAUGUUAGGGCAGGUAGGCAAGAAGCUAGACCUGUCAACCGACCAAAUUUCGAGGACUCGGAUGCUGGCCCAUCACGCCAGCCCAAGAAAAAGGAGCCCUCCAAGGAGAUCAUGGGUAGGCGGGCAAAAAGGGCCAUGAAGCGGGAAGCUGCCAACAACGCAGCUGCUGCAAAGCAUCAGCAACACUUGGCGAGGUUGGGCCGCAAAUGAGGCCACCCACUCCAAUGGAGUGCCAAGGGGGGGGCAUUUCCACCUAGAUGCUGAAUUCAUGACCUUCAUCCCUGUACAGAAUUAUCACAACUUUCAGUUUGUGAAAUAAUGACAGCAUAGAUGUUUAGUGAUGAACAAACAGGAUGACACAGAUCAUCCCAUGCUGUACAAUUUAAUCUUUGACUAUGAUGUUGCCUUAGUAUUACUGUACAUUUGUAGGAAAAAUUAUAUUUUAGUUCUUCCAUCAUCCAUCCAUUUCAAGUGGGUGAGUUGCACAAAAAAUCAAGCGAUUUGCCUUUUAAUGUG